AUGAAAGAAUCAAUCCCUUUAGAAACUUGUCAUGUAAAUUCUCUUAAUCAAUGUGCAGUAUCCAAUACACUUGAUAUUAUUCCGGCAGAUCCACAAUCUAUAAUGCUAACUACUUCUACAACUCCAUUAAUAAUGGCUGAUAUUGAUGCAGAUGCUAUUCAACAUGAACAAUUAAUAAGUGAUAUAACAUUACCAUUGACUGUAACUCUGGUUAGUGAAAAUUUGGAUGAAGAAUUCUUGCCCGUUGAUGAAGAGAAUGAUACUGUUAAUGCUUCUGUUGAUGAUGAAGAUGAAUCAACUACUACUACCGGUUCAUUUCAUUCUAGAAUAUUAGCUGGAGCAGAAAAAUAUUUUCUGAUGUCCUGUCCAAUUUGUCUUCAAGCAGCAAUUUUAUUAUCAUCAUCAUGUUGUACAUUUGAAUGUUGUGUUUCAUGUUGGUGUUCUCAUAUUUCAGCGACAUUAAAUGAUGGUCGAAUUAAAAUUCC